AUGGCGUCACUGAAUCCCUUUUCUCUGGCCGCCCUCAACCGAUUUAGAGCGUACAAACCUCCCCCGUUCCCGUUAUGGGAUGCGCUCCCUGCGCGCAAGAGAGCGGCCAUCCUGGUUCUCUUGUUUGCGGAUAGAUGGGGCGACCUGAGAGUUGUCAUCACCAUGCGCGCGGCCAGUCUGAGGAGCUUCUCUGGCCACGCUGCGUUGCCGGGAGGGAAAGCAGAUAGCAAAGAAGAAACACCAUACCAGAUUGCGCGGCGAGAGGCAUAUGAAGAGAUUGGCCUCCCCAUGGACGAUUCACGGAUUCCCAAACCAUUUCGCAUCGAGCAGCUCUGCAAUCUCCCGCCGUCGUUGGCUCGGACGCACCUCGUGGUGACUCCCUGCGUUGCGUUCCUCCACGCCGAUCGCACCUCUCCCGACUCGCCACCAGCUCUCGUUGAAGACUCCAUGAUCCCCCGAUUAGAUGCUCGCGAGGUCGCCGCUGUAUUUAGCGCCCCUUUCUACAACUUCCUCAAGGAAAAGGAUCUACCACCUCGACACGGCGAGACGCUGCCGCCGGGCCACUGGUAUGAAGGCGCGUGGACAAACUACAAGGGGGUGCAGUGGAGAGUACACAACUUUUACGUGCCAGUGAACAACCAGAAAGUCUCAAGGCCUAGAAGGGGAAGCGCGGCUCAGAUAGAGCUGGCGGAUCAGCUGGAGGUUAGCCAGGACCAUCAAGGACGGUUCAAGGUCUGGGGCCUGACUGGUAGAGUACUCGUCGACGCAGCAAGGAUUGCGUACAACGAAGACCCCGAAAUGUUGCACAAUCUUGACUUUGGCGAUUACGACGUCAUCAAGAUUGCCCAGGAGGAGGGUGCGCUGGAUGAUCACGGCGCUCCUGCGAAGAGAGAAGAAGACAAGCCAGCUAAGAUGUAA